GAGAGCAUCCUUUUGAAGGAGCGUGUACGCAAACGUUGGGGUCCUGGUGCCGUGUCGCCCGAUAGAGCGACCACUCCGGGCAAUGAGGUGGAAGGGAGCCCCAUGCGAGUGACUCCGGCGAGUCUGGACCUGAGGGGAAACCCGGAAAAGCCGGAAGAUUUGAGUGCUGAGGACUUGCGAAAUCGCGUCCAACUGCAUGAACGUAUGGAAGAAUUACAAGCUGAGGUGGACCGGUUGCGAAGAAUGCAAAGUUUGUCGACCGGUGUGACACCUAACCUGCACCUGCAUACUCCGGACAGCAUUGCUCUUCAGUUGGCUGAAGCUCAGAAAAGGCAGUUUGAAAACCGGGUUGUCGAACUUGAGCGCCGACUGGCAGAGCGCGGAUUGAUAAGUCCUGCUGCACUUGAGGCAGAGCGAGCAAUGGAGAACGAAAUUUUGCAUUUAAACUCUGAGAAUCUGAAUUUGAAAUUUGAGCUCGAAACAGUUCGCUUGGAGAUUCCGCGACUUAAGUCUCGUGUCCAAGACCUUCAAAAAUACGUGGACGUGCUGCGUAAGGAAAAGGCUGCCUUAAAGGCUGGUCGACAGCUUGACCUCUCCCAAGACUCAGAUGCAAGCUCCAUGGGCAGUAUACGAAGAUUAACCCGUAAAACUGGAAUUAUGUAUGGAUCGUUUGCUUACCAACUGCAAAUAUAUGAAGGACCCGAUGUAUUAAUUAAUCAUUAUCAGCACCUAGUGAAAUGUACACUUAGAAUCAGAGUCCAUUUUUUCAUUUAA